AGGAGGAAGAGGAGGAGGAGGAGGUCAGACAGACAAGGUCACGGUGAAGCAGCUCCAACCGGAGAAGAACAAGAAGGUUCUGGACUCCAGGCUGAUGUGUGUGGUGUGUGAGCGUGUCUUCAGGAGUCUGCCGGCCCUGAACGGACACAUGCGCUCUCACAGCGGCUCCAGAUCGGCUGCAGGGUUACCGAAGGUAGCAGAGGACAAACCCUCUGUUUCCAUGGUGAUACCCGUCUCGGUGCCCGUCCAAUCCAGGGGCCUGCUGGCCAAGGCGUGCAAGACCCGCCUCUCCUCAGCCACAGGGGGCGCUGUGCUGUACCACAGCCUGUUACACCCAGAGGGACAGGAAGCAGCUGCGAAGGGGGACGCAGGGGAUGACGCACACUACACUCCUCCCCCCAUGCUGUGUCCCCUGAGGGCGGGGCCGGGGCUGUUCUGCUCCCUCACCACCACCAGGGGGCAGCAGAGGGUCCAGACCAUGCAGCUCCACAACACACACAGUGAUGCUGUUGCCAUGGAGACAGCCUCUCCUCCAGGAGCCAAUCAGCCGCGGAUCAAUGUGGGGCGGGGCUUCCAGGCUGAAAUCCCACCUCAGCAGGGCCAAAGAGAUGCGGACUCCCAUGAUGCACUGCUGCUGUGGACGCCGUUAGAGGAGCUGGAGCUCCCUGUCUGUAAACCGAGAGUUGAAGCUCUGAUGAUGAUGGCGAGCUCCAGUGUGAUGCCAGGGGGCGGGGCCAGUGCAGAGACCGCCCUCCAGGUCCUAUCAGAGAGCAGAGGAGACUUCCUGCUGACGAUGGAGAAGCUGCUGUCCAACACCGACCUCUCAGCCCGACACAAGACAGGUGUGUGUUGGAGCACCGCAGAGAGGAAGCUGCUGGUGAAGUCUCUGCAGCUUCAUCACAAAGACUUCAGAAGGAUCCAGAGAACGGUCCAGACCAAGUCCCUGUCUCAGUGUGUGGAGUUCUAUUACCUGUGGAAGAAGAAGCUGAGCCUGAGCGCCAAGAAGCCGGCUGGGCUGACCGUGACUCUGCCCGACGCCAACGGUCAAAGGUCGUCAAGAUCCCAUGAUGCACCAUGAACGCCCCCUGACUGAGCAGCUGCAGGGACUCUGCUGAUGUGUUGUUAAAUAAUAAAGUGUAUAUUUCUGAUGAAGA